UAAUACUGCUUACAUCAUUUUGUAGCAAUGGCAGCUGUACUAGUCUUUGUCAUCGUCUUGUUAUACUCCCCUUUUGUACUGAGUGGAGUCACUAUAGGCGUUAUUUGUGACUCUGAUUGUCCUUCUGUCAAAUCCUAUUCCAUGUUCGGCCUUUUUUCAGCCCCCUAUGCUAAUCUGAACGAAAAAGGCGCUACAGAUGGAUACUACCUCAAUUAUCACAACCAGAGCGAUGAUACGUCCGUAACCUGUGACAAGCUGAGUCCUCCUCUUCCUCCACCACCACUUAUAAACAUAAGCUCUGAUCCAGAGUUUAUUCUCUUGUUGGACAAUUACAGUCACUGUAUGUUAGAACGAAUGCUCUUAGCUAGAGCGGUUGGUUAUGAUGCCAUACUCUCUUACACUGUCGAUGAUACUAAUAUCACUAUCACUGAACCAAUCAUUAACACAGGUAUCCCUAUCGCUCUCGUUCAAUAUCGCUACGUCAAUAGCAUUAAAAACUUGACCUACGACUAUUCAUAUAUUAGUAUUACUGUGGAUGGAUCGAUACUGAGUGGAGCCAUUGUCAUAACCACCAUCUUUGUUUCGUUCGUCUCUUGUUUCUGCUGCAUAUGUACACUCUGCUGCCUCUGCUGUAAAAUAUAUCGGGACAAUCGUGACCCAACCUUUGAGCCACUCCUCAGAGAAGACGGCUCACGGUAUCGGAGCAGACAAGAGUUAAUUGAAAGUAUACUGAACCACCUCCAGCAAAUGGAGAACGAGCUAGGAACUCAGACUCCUCUUGGACAAAACCAAAUCGAUAAGUUUCCCAAGAGAGAGUAUUCAGGGGAAGGAACAGAGAGGGACACUACUUGUUGCGUGUGUGUCGAUGACUUUAAACCAGGUCAGGAGGUACGCCAGUUACCAUGCCAACACAUAUUUCAUCCUUCUUGUAUUGAUGAGUGGUUGAGCGAUCACAGUUCGGUCUGUCCACUUUGUAAGAUGGACCUUAGAGAAGCUAAUAAUGAUUCCACUAGUAAUCCUUCAAGACGUUUUCAGGAGCGACAGAUGGAAAGGGCUGCAGCUAGAAAUAAUGCUAGAGACAGAAGUUUAACUGACUAUAGCAGCUCUGAUAAUUCUGUUGAUAGUAGAAGAGCCCAAUCAUCAAUACCUGCUUGAGCUGACAUUAUAAUACUACUGCGUGUUCAAUGUUCAUUGUGUUUUGGAGCUCAACUUUUUUUAAAUAAAAAAUUAAUAAUGAAUUAU